UUUUUUGAGCAGGGGCAUACCGUUCUCGAUUCUGGUGCCCGGCAUGGUAUGCCACGGAGUCCAAAUGUUGGAAUGUGGAAACGCACAAGUCACCGUGUUGAAGGCCUAAUCGCCUCAAUAGAAAUUCAGAAAUUUCAUCUCCAGUUAUUACACCGUCUAGAAGCUCUGUAGUUCCAGUGAAGAACUUCAGUAUUCACUCGAUGAUGAAUUCAUCUCUUAUUCGCGCCUCUACGUUUCAUGUCCCUCCUCUUCAAUGCACCACCACAAGGAAUAACGUGGUUACGAGUCCAAAUUAUGCAAUUGAAGGAAGAAAUUUAAGUUAUUCAAUUACAACAAAGCAAGGAAAAAAUGUCCCAAUUUUACAAGAUUGUUCUAUUACAAUACCUUCUGGUCAGUUAUGGAUGCUUCUUGGACCUAAUGGUUGUGGAAAAUCUACCCUUUUAAAGGUAUUGGCUGGGUUACUGAAUCCAACUCAGGGGAACAUGUAUGUUAAAAGGCCUAAGAGCUUCGUUUUCCAGAACCCCGAUCACCAGGUUGUGAUGCCCACAGUUGAAGCAGAUGUUGCAUUUGGUCUUGGAAAAUUUGAUCUUACUCAGGAUGAAGUUAAAUCCAGGGUUGAAAAGGCAUUAGAUGCAGUGGGGAUGUCGGACUACAUCCAGAGACCAGUUCAAACGCUUAGUGGUGGACAGAAACAAAGGGUGGCUAUUGCCGGGGCUCUAGCUGAAACAUGUGAAGUGUUAUUACUGGAUGAGCUUACAACAUUUUUAGAUGAAAGUGAUCAGAUGGGAGUGAUAAAGGCAGUUAAGAACUGUUUAGGCGGUGAUGUAACAGCAUUGUGGGUAACCCAUCGAUUAGAAGAGCUUGAGUUUGCGGAUGGUGCAGUCUAUAUGGAAAAUGGGAGAGUCAUAAUGCAAAGUGACACUAAAAGUAUCAUGGCAGUCUUAAAAGAGAGGAUAUCCUCUUACUCUGACCAGAUAAAUUUGUAAAAGUGUAGCUAUAUCUGUGGAGGUUCUUGUUCUUUCUGCAAAGCUGUUGAAGUCCUACUCUGUGUUCCUGCAGAAGUGUCAUUUGUUGUUCCAAGGACCGGAACUAAGCAGAACUGCCCAGGGCCACAUACUGUGGGAGGGAGGGACUGCAUCUAUCAUACUCAUGUUUCCUUUCCCCCUUUUUAAUUUCUAUAAUUUAUUGUAUUAAUUAAUUUAGUCAGAUUACAGUAAACACAACAAUUUUCUUGUGACAUUCAGAUCAAAAUAUUUGUAGAA